ACGACAGAUCUGGUGGCAGAUGUUCUGUGUGAACUGUACACAUUUGAUCUAAAGAGAAUUGUAUUUGGCUGUGCCAUCGAGGAUAUUAAAUCAGUGUUUAAUUAAGCUGGUGAGAGUCAUAGAAGGCCACACGCACAAUGAGUUCAGGAUGUAAGAGCUGCCCCUUUUACAUCACUUCAUGCGUGGCAAUUUCCCCGACCUCUUCUUGUCCAAGAUGAAGUUAGCUUUCACCGUAGUUGUGUGCGUCCUUGUGGGUAUCGUCGAGCUUGGAGAUUCCUUUGUGUUCAGAUCACCAUGUGAGACACAAACGCACACGUGCUAUGUGAGUGAGUGCCCACCUGGUACCGAGUUUCUUGAAUCCCUGUGCUUUGACAACAAAAUAUGUUGUAUUGGAGUUAAAGCGUGUUCCCCCGACACCUGCAUUAACGGAACAUGCAUCAUAAACACCUGCACCUGCCAUCCUGGCUUCUCGGGUGCUAACUGCAACGUAGACGCUUGUGCAAGCAAUGGGCUCUGUCAGAAUGGGGGAGAAUGUCAGCGUGAGGCCACUGGAGCCAAGUACUCGUGCUCCUGUGCCCCAGGCUACGAUGGCCUAAACUGCGACAUUGAUGCUUGUGCUGAGGGCAGUGGAGCAUGCGUCAAUGGUGGAUCAUGUAACCGUCAGUUAGCUGAACCAUACUAUAACUGUUCCUGUCCCACGGGCUUCACUGGUGUCAACUGCGAACUUAGUGAUUCUGUCCCACCUUGCGGAAUGCCCGUGGCGUCACGUAUCUUCAGCGGAUCCGCUGACACAGCAUCACAGAAUCCAUGGCUUGUCAAAGUGGUCCAUGAUGCCGGAUUCGUUUUCUGUAGCGGUGUCAUCAUCGAUAGGGAAUGGAUUGCCCUCGACGCAUUCUGCGUUGUGAUCUGUGGUGGUUUGUGCCAUGUCGUGAUCGGAGACUACGAUGGAGCCACGGUUGAAGCGCAGGAGCAAGUGAGGAGCCUGACCAGCUACACUAUCCACCCACAGGCUAACUUCGAGGACCUCGCUUCGUUCGGUACUGUGACCGGAGCUGACCCAGAUGCUGGUUUGGCUUACAACGUGGCCAUUGCACGUCUUUCGGCACCCAUUACGUUUUCGGACAGAAUCAACCGUGUGUGCCCACCAUCUGAUGCGUACCAUGUACUCCGGUCACCAAGGAACUGUGUCAUAGCAGGGUAUGGCAAACAAGAUACGGCAGAGAGCGUGCAUCUAUCGACAACCAGCAUCCGCAAGGUCAUUGAUACACUGUUGAUUGAUGACAGCCUCUGUACCAUGAUAAGAGGGAGAUCUGUUCAACCAGCAGCUACUCACUGCGCUUUCCUGACCACUCCAAAUUCUGGACUUUGCAUCGGUGACAACGGUGGUGCUUUGGUCUGCCAGAACGAUACCUUGGGUUUCUGGACAGUAGAAGGCAUCCUCUCAUACCUACCUGAUGGCAGCAACGGUGCGUGCAGUGGUCAGAUCAAUGUCUUCACUGACAUGAAUGCGGUUUGGAGUUGGAUGCAAACCGUCAUCGCGGCGGCAGUCUGAGCAACAUACGUCAGCACAAGUUACUAAUGCAUUAUGACAAAUAUAUGUAUGCCAUCAAAGUUAACGAUUUAAGAAUAAAAUGUGCGUUUCGUCA